CAUUAUGUGAUAACAAGAGAUAAGUAUUAUCAGAACUAACUUGUUAAAUAGAGAUCAAGUGUAGGGUGCAAAUGAUAAAUCCUCAGAUCAUCAGUGUGUGGAUAUCUGACCUGUGUUGCCAAGGCUCAAGCUCUGUGGUGUAAAUAUGACUGGUAGUACUAAUUUGUAAGAAUAGUGAAUUGUACACUCUAUUCUACACUCUACACCUCUCAAAAGGUGAGGCAGAUCACCCAACUGCGAUGUAUAGCAUCUGAACCAAGAAACCUACAUUCUUCAUAUCAACGAUAAAGCCAAAAAAUACCCCAAAAUGGCACUUUAGGAGAGAAGAGGUCGUUUUUGAAAGGUUUUCAAAUGUAAAGAUGUACUUGGGGAUCGUUGUUGCCUGUUUGACCCUGGUGUGGGGCUGCGAUGGUGCACGUAUCCUGGGUCUGGCAGCAUUCUCCAUGAGAAGUCACUGGAUCGUGAUGGAACCUCUCUUCGAGGAACUAGCCGCCAGAGGACACAACGUCACUGUCUUCUCGUCUUUCCCACGGAAGAAACUAUUGCCCAACUACACAGAUAUAGACUUUUCUGACAGACUCAAACCAAUAAUGAACGAGUUUUCUGUUGAAAUGCUAAGGAAGAGAGUGCCCAAUCCCUGGGCAACAACAUUUUUCUUCAGAGAUGUUCACGGAGACAGUUGUAAAGUUCUCGAUGAACCAGAAUACCAGGAUCUCUUGAAGGCACACGAUCAGUAUGAUAUCGUGAUCACAGAACUGUUUGGAAGUGACUGUUUCGCAUAUUACGCAUACAAACUCAAAAUUCCUAUGAUAGCUGUGACGACGAGUAUGGCCAUGCCUUGGGCUGCAGAUAGGUUUGGGUUGCCUGACAAUCCGUCUUAUAUACUCAACUACUUCCAGAGGUUCAGUCCCAACAUGAAUUUUUGGGAGAGGAUCUACAACACCGUUACACUUCUCUAUGGAAAGUUUUGGCAUCUCUGGAUAUUUAGUAGAGAAACACAAGCGAUGGUGGAGAAAAGUUUUCGUGAACCUCUGCCACCAGUGAGUGAAGUUGUGGCAAACACUUCAAUGUACUUUAUCAACAGCUACCAUGCUCUAUUGCAGAGUCGACCCUUCCCUCCUAAUGUCAUUGAAAUUGGAGGAAUCCACAUCAAGAAGAAAAAACCAUUACCUAAGGAUCUACAAGACAUUUUGGAUAAUGCAAAGAAUGGUGUAAUUGUCAUGAGUUUUGGAUCAUUAGUCCGUGCUGCUACUUUACCGAAACCGAUCAUAAUGAUGUUCAUGAAGGUGUUCUCAAAAAUACCUCAAACUGUAAUUUUCAAGUAUGAAGAGGAUCUUCCUGAGGCUCCCCCAAAUGUGGUUAUCAGAAAGUGGUUAUCACAGAGAGAUUUGAUUGAACAUGAAAACGUCAUAGCUGUAAUUCAGCAUGGAGGUUUAUCAAGUACUAUUGAAGCAGUUCACUUCGGUAAACCUAUGAUUGGUGUCCCAUUCUUCGCUGACCAGAAGGGAAACAUCAAGCACUUAGAACGCAGAGAUACUUGUAUUCAACUAGACUUCGACAAUUUGUCAGAAGAGACGAUAUCAAGAGCAGUGUCAGAAAUCAUAAACAAUCCAAAAUACAGAGAUAACAUGAGGAGAUUGUCACUACAGUUCCGAGACCGGCCGAUGACAGCGCUACAGUCAGCUGUGUACUGGACUGAGUAUGUCAUUCGACAUCAUGGUGCUCCACACUUGCAACCAGCUUCUGUCCACCUUCCCUUCUAUCAGUACUUGCUACUGGACGUCAUAGCUGUUUUUAUCGUCUCUCUUGUUGUCCUCACAUAUGCUAUUUACUACAUCAUCUCUCGUAUAUUAGCUGCUCUUAAAUGUAACCCUGUAAAAUCAGCUCAUAAAGUUAAAAAUUCAAAGAAAAUAAAUUGAUAUGAUGUACAAUUCA